GAGAGUAUUCCCUCACCUUUUGCGAAUUUUUAUACGGUUUCGUGAAAUAUUUCCAGGACUAAAUGAAUUAAAACGAAUACAAAUUUUAAGGUUCUGAAGCUUUAUUUAAUUCGAUCUUAUAUGUACAAGAAUGAAGACUUCAAGUGAAGUAUCUAUCAUUUUUCAGCCUAAUGAAAAUUGCACUGCUAUUCAAUACAACAGUAAAGAGAAAAAAAAAAGUGAUCAAUUUAUUUCUAUCCGCAACUUAGACUUUAAAACAAUGGAUAAAAAAGAUAAUAUAGAUGUCCGAAAGAAGAUUACUAAUGAAACAGAGAAAAUGAAGGACUCCCCAAGUGUACAUCAGUCAAAUAUCACCUUACCUAUUCAAGAUGAUAUUGUUCAAGAGCAAUCGCCACAAAUUGAUCAAGCUAUGUGUGAUAUACACGGAGAUUUUCAUAAUCAUUACUUAUAUCAAGAAUCAUUUGCGACUUUUACAAAAUCUUGUUGUUCAUCUUCAGCAAAAAAGAUUUACUAUGGAGUUUGUGUAACCAUUCUUGUCACUGGUAGCUGGGUUGGAACAACACAUUGCAUAAAAUAUCUUUACUUUCAAAGAUCUCCAGGUUUUCUAGAUGGUAAUGACGCAGAGAACUUUUCCAAUUACACUAUAUUCAGAAAGCAAGAUCAUAAGCAGAAUGCUAGAAUUUUCGAUGCAUCUUUCUUUACAACUUGGUUUUGCACGAAUUGGACCAUAUUAUAUUAUCCAGUAUAUUUCAUACAUCAAUUAUUCAAGUCAAAAUGUAAUACACCAGGUACCAUUUUAUCAGAUACUUUCAAGGGAUUUAGAGAAAAAGGUUUUUCAAGUGGUCGAUUCUUAAGUCGCUCAAGUCUUUUUUGUGGUUUAUGGGUCGCUACAAACUACAUGUACAUCCAUUCGCUCAGUAUUCUCCUUGCGACAGAUGUAAUAACAUUAUUUGCCACUAAUGUUGCGUGUGUUUAUUUGCUAUCAUGGGUAAUCCUGCAUGAACAAUUCGUCGGCGUAAGGAUAGUAGCAGUUAUCAUGUGUGACACUGGAAUUGCUUUACUUGCAUAUAUGGAUGGAAUCACGGGAAGCCCAACUCUUGGUGGAGUUGUUUUAGCCGCUUCGGCGGCAGCAGGAUCUGCAGUAUAUAAGGUAUUAUUUAAAAAAGUCAUUGGUGAUACUACUUUUGGUCAAAUAUCACUUUUUUUCACAAUGAUUGGAUUAUGUAAUGCUUUGCUUCUUUGGCCUAUAUGUGUGAUAAUGUAUUUUUCGGGAAUUGAAAGAAUUAAUUGGAACACAUUACCAUGGACUGUUUUAUUAAUUGCUAGUUUUUUACAUUUAGCUGCUAGUAUGCUUGGAAAUUUCAGUAUAGCAGUAACAUAUGAAUUAUUUAUAACUCUUGGAAUAAUCACAGCAGUUCCUGUUUCAGCGGCUCUUGACGUAAUAUUGUACGGAGCGAAUUUUGCUGGAAUGAAAUUAGCUGGAAUGAUUUUAAUAGCUAUUGGAUUCUUUUUAGUAAUGUUUCCAAAUAACUGGCCUGAUUAUUUUAUGCGACUGUUAAGGUGGAGCCGUAGACAUCGCCAUGGAAUUUCUGGGUGUUCAUCGAAAGAUAUGAUUGAUUAUAGAACUGGAUAUAUAAAAUCACAUUUAAGAUCACCUUCUGGAAGAGUGAGAUAA